AAUGAAAAAUAUUUUGUUUAAAUAUUUAUUAUUUUUACUAAUAUAUUUAUUUAAUGUUGAAUCGUCAAAAAUUUUAGUUUUUAGUCCAACUAUAAGUCGAAGUCAUAUGAUUUCCAAUGCUCGAAUAGCUGAUACUUUAGCUAGUGAUGGACAUAAUGUUACACUUUUAGAAGUUGAAUUUCUUGCAAAGGUGGGAGAGUUAAAUGCUUCAAAAGUUGCAAAUACAAUAUUAGUGCCAGGACAAUUUAUAGAUCCAAAAGAAUUUAAUUCAUCCAUGAUAGCUGAAAUGUCAUUUAAGAGUGUUUUUUUACCUAUGGAUUUUCUAGUGGGUACUAUUUUACAAACAUCUUUCAAUAUUGCUUGUGAAAAAUUUUUGCUUGUAUCAGAAAAGCUUUUUGAUAAACUUAGAAAUGAAAAAUUUGAUAUAAUAAUAUCUGAACAGUUAAAUUCUUGUGGAGCUGGUGUUGGCCAUCUUUUGGGUAUACCUACAAAUAUAUUAGUUUCUAGCUGCCCAAUACAAGAACAUGUUGCUUCGAUAUUAGGACUUUCAAAUCCAGGAAGUUACAUUCCUUCAUUAUAUGAUUCUAAUUUACCCGAUAAAAUGUCAAUUUAUGAAAGAACAACAAAUUUAUUUAGACAAUUUGCUGGUUAUGUUUAUACAAUUUAUGGAGUAGAUCCUUUAACUAAAAUAUUUAAAAAACAUUAUGGGGCAACAUUUCCUGAUUUAAGGACUAUUGUUGCAGAAAGUCCUUUUGUUUUUGUUAAUGUUGAUGAAUUGUUGGAUUUUCCCCGUCCAAUAUUUUCGAAUAUUGUUUAUAUUGGUGGACUUGGAAUGGAGGAAGGAAAAAAUACAAAAAUUAAUAAAAUUGAGGACCCAAUAAAUAUUGAAAUGUCUAAAGGUAAAAAGGGUGUUAUAUUCUUUUCAACGGGAUCAGUAGUGAAAACAACAUAUAUGGAUGAAAACUUCAGAAGGAAUGUAUUAUUAACUUUCUCCCAAUUAACUGAUUAUCAUUUUAUUGUGAAAAUUGAGAAAGACGACAAUUUUUCUUUAAAUUUUGCCAAACAAUUCAAAAAUAUUUUCGUCACAUCAUGGGCUCCACAAACUUUUAUUUUAAAACAUCCUCGAUUAAAAUUAUUUAUUACUCAUGGAGGUUACAAUAGUUUAAUGGAAUCGGCACGCGCUGGAAUACCUUUAAUUUCUAUGGGGUUUUUUGCUGAUCAGUAUAGAAAUGGACGUGUGGCAGAAAGGAAUGGUUGGGGACUUCCAUUUGAUAAAAGAUUGUUACUUAAUGGAAAUGAAGAAUUUAAAAAGGCUAUUUUGAAAGUUAUUGAGAAUCCAAGUUAUCUAAAAUCAGCAAAAAGAAUACAAAAACUAGUUUUAAACAAGCCAUUCUCUGCAGAAGAACGUCUUCUUCGGAGCAUUCGUUUUCUUGAAAUAAGUGGAGGAAAACUUCCAGAAUUAUUACCAGAAUCGAGAAAUAUGAGCACAAUUGCUUUUUAUAAUUUAGAUAUUUUAAUUUUGGCAACAAUUUCCUCAAUUCUUUUAAUUUUUAUUUUUUGGAGGUUUUUAAAGUUUUUGAGAUUAAUUGGAGGAAGACGAUCAACAUUUUUUAAUAAGAAGGAAGAAAAAGAAAGUAAGAAGAAUGAAUAA